UCUAUAGAAAGUGUUGAAAUGGUCCUCAACUGGCAAUGAAACACCGACCGCUUAAAAAUACGAAUGCUUAAAACUAUUGCUACGACCAGUGGCGGUUGCAGGAUUUAGUAAACGGAGGGGCCCAAACCCGAACUUUGUCCCAACACGGAAAAAAAUAAAAGAAAUCUCGCAUAAUGGAAAUGAGAUCGACACAAAAUUGAUGAAAAAAAUGGACAAUGCCCCCCCCCCCUGGGAUCGCCACUGGCUACGACUGAAAAUGUUCCUCCCCAGGUUUCCCUCCUUACCACAGCGGUAUAGCCGCCCUGCAAAAAUGUACUGCUUGUUUUGCAGCACCCUGUAUGUCAAAACUUUUUUGAGUUACAUAUCUGGCGGGCAGUCUCGUCUUCAGAUCGUAGCCAGAAUUAUUGAAAUUGAGGGGUAAAUGGGCGCCGGGAUUAUUAAUGAUAGGAACGUCUGCAAAUUUACUGUUAGAUCAGUAAGUUUCCCUAUAAUUAUGUAUGUAGGUAAUAAAGGAAUGGCUUCAAUGACUUGAAUUCUACGCUUCCGUAAGAUUUCGUAGAUUGGGCACACGAAUUUAUUUGUUUUAUUGGUACCCACCAUCAAAGGUUCUUGGUGAAGGUUAUUAUCUUAUCUCUGUCCAAAGUGGUUCGAUCUGAUCGAGGAUGGCACUACUGAACUCGUCGUAAAAGUACCUUAUGUACAUUAGCAUGAAUAAUUUCAAUUAUUAUUAUCGUAUCGUCGUGACCUUUUGGGCGAAAGUUGAAAAAAUAAAAAUAAGAGCCCACUAAACGGAAAAGGCACAAAUAAACAACCGGCUACCAAUUAACAAUAUUUCAGUGACCGCAACGCACCGAUAAAAAAUCCCAUUGUGUUAAUGACUGAGGCGAAGGUAAUAGCUCUUGUGAAUUUCCCAAGGAAUAAAUUUAUCGUGCUCAAAGCAAUAACAACGGAGGAUCUUUACGUGACAAUUACAGUAAAAAACGUGUCCGGUGAUUUUUUUUUCAAAAACUUUACCAAAAGACUUAUUGUGAUAGUUCCAGACUUUACACUCGUUCUGUAGUAUAACACUACCACCAAAAUACUCUCAUUUGCCCUAACCCCUAACAAAGACGAUUGUUUAUACAAAUAACUUCCUUGUCAAGUUUCGGGGCUCAAUCGUACGUACAAACGUAAAUAAUGGCAUGUACCGGGUAUGUAGUAGAAUUUGUCUACCAAAUUCGGGUAAUCUCCAGCCGUUGUCUACAAAUCCUAAAAAAAUCCUUUUGGCUGAUAAAAACGAAACGAUUUGAAAUGAGAAAUUGAAUUGCCGCGAUAUGUUCGUAUUGUUCAUGCAACGAGUUCCAGGAGAAAGUCUGCACAAUGAUUUAAUAUCGCUUUGCGCCUCUAGGUUCAUAAAGAAUUAAUUUAAAUACUAUAGUGCACGCGGUACCCCACUUUUCAAUCACUUCAAUAUUAAACACGCUGCAGUGAAGUGUUAGUGGUACUUUCACUGCGAUUGCCUACGAUGAAAUAUCAAAAAUUGCUAUUCGUUGUUUUGUUUAUAUGCGAAAGUUGUGCGGAAGAUGGCCCCGAGGUGUUAAUACGGCAAGGUAAAAUUAAAGGUAAAUAUUGGACAACGAGACAAGGGAAGAAAUUCAGUGCGUUUUUAAGUAUUCCGUACGCGGAACCGCCUGUUGGAGAUCUUCGGUUUAAGCCGCCAGUACCGAUCAGUUCAUGGAGCGGAACCUUAGAUGGUACUCAAGUUCACGCCGUUUGCCCUCAGCGAAAUAUCUACACGAGGAGCGAAAUUAUUGAGGGCGAAGAAGACUGCCUCUACCUUAAUGUUUACACACCCCAAAUGGACAUCUCACCAACGCCAUCCUAUGCCGUAAUGGUCUUCUUUCACGGUGGCGGCUGGCUGUGUGGCGGCGGCAACUCUCACUGGUACGGCCCAGAUGUGCUUCUAGACAAAGACGUUGUUCUCGUUAUUCCAAAUUAUAGAUUGGGCGCACUUGGAUUUUUAAGUACAGGCGAUGAGGUAGUUCCUGGAAAUAACGGGCUAAAAGACCAAAGCUUAGCUUUGAAAUGGAUCUCGGAAAAUAUCGUACAUUUUGGAGGUAAUCCGAAUAAGGUGACGCUGUUUGGGGAAUCAGCCGGUGGCGCUAGCGCCCAUUAUCACAUGCUGUCCCCGUUAAGCAUCGGGUUGUUUCACGGAGCUAUUUCUCAAAGUGGUACGGCGCACGUCCCUUGGGCUUUAGCUAAACCUGGCAGCGGAAUCAGGCAAAUCCUUCGGUUGGCUGAGGCGGUCGGGUGCAGCGCGUCCGGGACAGCUGAAGUAGUUGAAUGUUUGAAAACUGUCGAUCCCUAUACCAUGGUUUCGCAGGACAAAGUGUUCAUGGAGUGGGACAUUGAUCCUAUGAUACCAUUUCCACCGGUAAUUGAGCCAAAACUUCCAGGUGCGUUUUUAACUGGCCAUCCCACUAAAAUCAUUCAGUCUGGUAAAUCGGCGCAGGUACCAUGGAUUACUGGUUUAAACACUGAAGACGGGGCUCUAAGAGCUCCCGGCAUUUUUGGAAACGCCCACCUUAUGGAAGAUUUGGAUAAAAACUUUCACAAAAUACUACCGAUCUCUCUCUUUUACAAAGAGGCGUGCACUUCCUCCGAUUACAUCUCUAAUCAGUUGAGGAAGUUUUACCUUGGUAAUAAAAAAGUUGACAACUCCUCGCGUCAAGCAAUCACGGAUCUAUUCACCGAUGGAUGGUUUCUGCACGGCGCUGACGAGUCAAUUCGCCAGCACAUAAAACACACAAAUCAGCCGGUAUUCUACUACCUUUUCGGGCACCACGGCGUUGCAAGCUUUAGCCAAAUUUUCGGUGACGCAACCCAGAGAUACGGUGUUUGCCAUGCUGACGAGCUACAGUAUCUCUUUCCCGUUGGCGACUCUCUCUUUCCAAACCAGAAGCCAGACGAGCUCGACAGAAGGAUGACUGACUUGAUGACGGAUUUGUGGACUAAUUUUGCGAAAUACGGAGACCCUACGCCCGAAUUGAGCUACAACAUUCACAACAAAUGGAAACCGGUGAAAUCGGUGGACGACAUGGAGUACUACUAUAUUGCCGGAGGUGGGGCGCAUUCGGCCAAAGGUUUACUACCUGAACGAACUCAAUUUUGGAGAAAUUUGGAGAUUAAAUGGGAUAGUAUGUGUGCUAAGGAUGAACUAUGAUCUACAUAUGUGUUUCUGCCGACUUGUAUAGCGUUUAAUAAAAUCAGGAACUAAAUGCUUAGAGCU